AUGUAUUUAUCAUUUUACAUUACAGAUAUAAAGAACAAACUUGUUUUUCAGUAUCUUUUAGGUGCAACAGCACCCUCAUUCAAGCACCUAUGGACCCGCAUUCUAUCCACAUGUCCUCAAUUACUAGAAGAUAGCAGUAGUGAUACUUAUUUAGAUCAUGCAAUGGUUGGGAGAGAUCUUGAGGUCUAUAAGUAUUUUUCGAUUACCAAUAAACUCAAUUACUGGUGCUUAACAUCCACUGCCAAAUCAAAAGGUCCACUUGAUUGUUUUACUUUCUUGGAAACUAUAGACUAUAUCCUUUUAGAGUAUUUUGAUAAGGAUAAAUUGAGUAUCAAGAAACUAGUUAAUAACUAUGACAGAAUCAGUUUAAUCUUUAAUUGUUGUAUCGAAGCCGGUGAACCAAACGUUAGUGAUAUGCUCUACGUAAAUAAAAUUAAAGAAGCAGUUCCUGAAAGAUCCGACUUAUCGAAGUUAAUAAGUUCGACUGCUCAUAAUUUACAACAGGCUGUACAACUUCCACAGCAAAGACAACAACAGUUACAACAAAAUCAGUUUUCUCGUGGUAGCAGCUUACACGUUGAAAACGAAGAGAUUGUUCCCUGGAGAACGUCAAGAGCAAGUAAACAUGAAAAUAAUGAGCUUUACUUGGAUUUGUUAGAGACGUUUCAUGUUGUAUUUGAAAAAAAAAAAUCACAUAUAAGGUUGGUCAAUGGAAAUAUUCAUGGAACAUUGGACGUGAGAUCUUAUCUGAAUGACACUCCUUUAGUUUUGGUGAAGUUGAACACGAUGGGAAACGAUAUAGGCAUACCUAGUUUACAUGAGUGUGUUGAAAUCAAUGAUGGUGGUGUUUUCUCUCCUUCCAAUAUCACAUUUAUACCACCAGAUGGGAAGUUCAGGCUAUUAGAAUAUUGCGUAGAUUUGGAUUCUCAAGUAAUAAAAUCGGGGGUGAGGAUGAAGUCUAUUGGCCUGGUCUCGUUACACUUUCAAAACGGGUUGGGUAAAGAUUCUGAUGAAUUUGAGCUUUCUUUAAAUAUUGAAAACUUAAAAAACGUUUCACAAGUUGAUGAUCUAAAGUUAGAUUUACAAUUUAAUGUUGAAAAUUCUGAUUCAAAUGAGGUAGCGUAUAAGAUUAAAAUUUUACGCAAUACUCAUGGUCGUUUUGAAAAUAGCAUUAUCAUGGGACAGGGUCAAUGGAUUUUUGAUAAAUCAACUGCGACAGGAACUGUGCCUGUGCUACAUGGCUGUAUUGAGUACGAAACUGGUAGGUCAAAUGACCAAAAAAAUGUUGAUUUACAAACAGUCUCAUUGGAAUAUUCAUAUGUGGGACAGUCUGCUAGUGGUAUCUAUGUAGAAGCCAUCGAUAUUUUAUCCGGAUUGACAAUUGGCAAAAACACGAAGCUAUACAAAGGUGCAAAGUAUAAAACCCAGACAGGCGAUUAUCAAGUGAGGCUAUAG